UUCAGAGGCAAUCACCACUUAUUUCAGGUGAGAAGCGGCCCACUUAAACAAAAUAUUGCCAGUCCGGGCCUGGUGUGUCCGCAGUCCAACUUCCAACUGAGCCAGCCCAGCACAGCCGUCAGCCGCACACACUCGGCUCUCCAGUCCCCCUGCAGAGUCUGCGAGCUGACACCACCCACACAUUUUGUCACUACACGCUGAGGAAUUUGGAGCAGCAGGGAGGGAGGAGGGAGCAGUGAAGCAGGCAGCCAGCAGCUGAAAAGUAAGUGGCUUUUCCUCCCUGCCCACUGCGCUGCACACUGGCUAGGCCGGUAAAAUUCCGGCUGGGUGGCAACACAUGCGCCACACAUGCGCAGUAGCGAAUUCCAUGGACACGGACUGGACGCUGAGACACUUCAACUUUAUUAUAUAGGAUAUACCAGUGCAGCACAGUCUCUUUCUGUAACGUGCUACACUCCCUGCCGGCUCACUGCUAUAACUCCCUGCAACAUGAAUCUACUGAAUCUCUUCCUACUCUGCUCUCUCACCUGGAACCUGACAGCCGGCAGCCAAGUCAUGUGCUCUGUGGAUAAGAGAACUGUGCCAGUAGGGGGCAGUGUAACCAUGCGGUGUAAACUGAACUUAAACAUCAAUUCACCUGAUUCAUCAGACGUCCUGCAGGUGACCUGGAGCAAACAAUCGGGGGACUUUGCCGGUACCAUCGCCACCUCCAGCCGGACUCAUGGGCAGAGGUUCCUGGGUCCCUAUUCUAAUAGGAAGGUCCAAUUCUCAGAAGUAACACAAGAUCUUUCAGCCAUCACUAUCAGCUCAGUGACCCCGGGGGAUCAGGGCUGUUUCCAGUGUAUAUUCAGUGUGUACCCACUGGGCUCCAUCAUGGGCAGCAUCUGCUUGAAUGUCACAGUCAGGAUCUCAGAUCCCAAGUUGUACAUAAACAAAUCAGAGGAAUAUCACAUUAUCAGCUGCUCAGCGACGGGGAAACCUGCCCCCACAAUCACAUGGAACCUAACAGAGACCCCCGAACAGAACCCUCAGAACUACAGUAUCAAUCACCCUGACCAGACAGUCACAGUUAUUAGCAACUUCACCCACAGAACCUUGGGAAGAAUCCAUGUGACCUGUGUUGUACAUCACCCCUCUCUCAGCAGCGACAUUGUCCUCUCCAAGUCUAUUGAGGAUUCAGGUGUUGACACUUCUGGGAAGAAAAAUAAGUUUGUUAUUAAAGUGUCUGCAGUAAUAAUUGUGGUCACUUUGCUCUGUUGUCUCUUGGCAUUUAUCUAUCCAAGGUGGAAAAGGCACAAAAAGUACCAGGGCUAUGGAUUUGACACUGAAACCUCCCAAGAAUGAAGUUGUAUCUAAUAAACAUCACAAAGACAUGAUAUAAGCUAUAGCAGGACUGGAGUCCCAUAGGCUGGAUAUUGCCCGCAGUCUGUUCAACAGCUUCAUAGAGUUAGACUUUUUCUCAUGGCAUCAUCAUAUCAGUUUAAUCUGGAAUGAGAUCUAAUCCUCCCACUGCAUUUAAACAGCCUGGAAGCUCUGGGAUAUGGACAGAUAUACAUUCGCCAAGAUGGACUCCAGCAGAUAAAAGCAGCUCAAUGAAUAUCUCCACCAAUAAGAGGUAAUCGUUGUUGUGCAACAGAUCCUUCUCCUCUUCCUCAUAAUAUAAUCGUGAUCAUAGGACUCAUAUAUAACAGUGACACGGGUACUGCCUGCAGAUCUGCUUCUCUGUGUUCUUCAGAGUAUCAGGCACUGGCCUUUAUCUUUUGCACUUUCUACACAAACGUACUGUACAGCUAACGGGUCAUUUUAUUUUAUUAAUAGACAUCUAGUGAUGCAGUAAUAUAGGAACUAUAUCUGCAUAAAUGUGGCAGCACUUUAUAAAUACCAGAUAAUGAAAUAAGUCUCUGAAUUAGGUGAUCAGCUAUUGUACAUUGUAAAUCCAGUUUAUUGUAGGAUUAUGUAUUAAACUGUUGGCGUUACUGUUCCUUUAUAUAUAUAUAUAUCGGGUGGUGAGUGGACGCCAGCCUGUUACUAGGAGUGCGAUGGCCCCUAUACUCUGUGGGCGCUUGGUGACUGAUAGCUGCAAACCGGUUGAUAAUAGCAAGUGGCAGAUGCAGCCAUGGCCCCUUCUAGCCGUGUAGGUGGUAGUGGGAGCACACUAUAAAUAUUUUUUGCUUAAAACUGUGACAAUUUUUCAUAGACAUUUUGCCUUAUCACAUCCUGAGCUCUAACGCCUUGAUAAAAGGAACUUGCACACAUGAACUAUAACUAGAAACUUCAUCGAUUAAUGCUGCAUGAGGGAAUGUAGCAGAUUUGAACUCACAUAGGAACUGUGCAUAAUAUGCAAUCGAUUUUUUACUUUUGUCUUUCCCAUUUUCUGCUUUUUCACUUUAUUAUUUUUUUUACAUAUUUUUUCUGUCUAUGCAUUUGUCAUUGACUGGUGACAGCACUUUAGUGUUUAUUUAAAUCAAAUAGCAUUUAUACAAUUAAGGGUAAAUUAAGCCCUUUUUUGUUAUCGGCGUGAUACAUAAUUUAUUGUAUGGGUAGUUUACUUUGAAGUGAUAAGUGGGGAAUUUUAAUUUAUUUAUUUUGACAUAUUUAUUAACAGUUUGAUUCCUUUUAGGACACGUAGCGACUGGAAUACACAUCAGAACAUAUAACCUUUUAUUAUUUAUUAUUUAUAUAUAUUUAUGACACAUUUUAGUGGGUUUCACAAUAGUAGAUGGGCGUAGAGACUCGGGUAAUCACCUGUGCAUAGUUUAAAAGUUCUGAGGUAUAUAGAAAUGUGUGCUUCUAUGUAGUGUGAGCUAACAAACAUGUGAGUUCAUUAAACUAGUGUUAUAUAGAGUCAAUGAGAGGGACAUUCACAUUAUUUAUUAUAAUGGGAUAUGAAAAAUAUACUUAGUUUUAUGGAGUUAAGAUAUAAUAUGGCCCAGUGAUAGAACGAGUUGUCCAUGUCUUAUUAGAUCCUCAUGUAUUAUACACAGUAGCAACAUUUUGAUUGUUACAAUUUUACUAUAAUAAUUUCAACAAGUAACAUUGCCACACUGUGGUUUGUUUUUAACUUUGUUUUAAACUGUUAUUUAAAAUUAGCCUUUUGGUUCCAUAUAAUGGGGUUUAGAUAAAUUAACCAUUUAAGCAACACAGAUGUGCAGCAAUGAAAGUAAGUUUGAUUGGCAGUCGCAAAAUGCUGACGAUUACAUAAUGUCAAUCAGACUGUUGCUUUCCCACCUUAUCAUGUGUAUAAAAUGCAUUUUCAAUAUUGAAUUGUUAUUUUGAGAAAGGCCUGGUACCAGGCCGAAACAUCACUCUGUAACUUCUACAAUAAAAAAAAUUUUUUGUCC